AUCCAAAUUUCAAUUUUUGUCCCAACAAGAAAAAUAUUUCUAUAGCUCAUUCCCCCUUUUGAUCCGAGCGCGGAUCGGAGUCGUCACAGUAGAUCCGCCGUCGAUUCAUGGAGGGGGUGGGGGCCCGACUCGGCAGAUCCUCGACUCGGUACGGACCGGCCACGGUGUUCACUGGGCCGGUGAGGAAGUGGAAGAAGAAAUGGGUCCACAUAUCGCCCUCUGCUGCUGCUGCUGCUGCUGCUGCUGCUUCUAACAACAAUCACUCUCACCCUCAAAACGGUACUUCUAACGGUAAUAACGGUUCCCAUCUGUUGCUUUACAAAUGGACCCCUAUUACCCAAAGCCAGAACCAAAACAACAACAACAACGGGGGUGGUAAUACCAACAACAAUACUACGGACAGUAGCUCAGGCAAGGACGAGAACGCAGCUGGGACGGCAUCUGAAGAGCCACCUCGGAGGAAAUUCAAAUAUGUUCCGGUUGCCUUACUGGAGGAGCAGAGAAACGAGGCCGCUGAAGAUGAGGAUGCUGAGAAGGUUGAAGAUGAAGCUAAGCCAAUUGAAAUUGACUCAAAUGCAGCAGAACAAACUCGCAAGAGUGAUGCUUUAGAUGAUAAACCGGACAUCAAUGAUGUCCCUGCAGAAGAAAGUCAGGAAAAAAAGCAGGGAGUACGCCAGGAUCUGAACGAAAGCACACUGGAUUUAAGUUUGGGCUUGACAUCCCAGGAUGACGAACAUGACUCUGAUCCAAAACCUAAUCAGACGAGGGAUGGCCAGUAAUAUGGCAAACUCAGGUUGCACCGGAACACUGUUUCAGAGCUUCCUUAUUCUCUGGAUGAUGGAAAUUUAGAAGCAGUAGCGCACACAUUUGUGUCUUACAAAAUGGAAUUUCACCUUGGCUUUCUGCUCACCCGGUCAUUUAGCAUGUUUACAUCUGAGUAUUCUUGCAGGGCUGCUUAUAAUUUGUAUUGUAGGAAUAGAUACCUUUUUUACUUGGCAUUAGACAGAAUAUUUUUUCCCCCAGAUAUUUACUGGGAUAGGACAUUUUGGACUUACAGAUCAUAUGUAUUUCGGGUGAAUUUUUUAAUUCAAAUAACAUUGCUGAUGAAACUGCAUUU